UAUUUUGGUUGCUCUAGUUACGCAUACAACGGUGGUUAGGCUUGACUAGCCCUGAGCCCCGGGAGUUUUUCAUUAACUCCAUGCGACGUGUGCUUGCUGAUAGAAAAGCUCAGGGUUCAUUGGGAAAGGGUCAGUAUAAUGACUUCAUACAACUGCUUCUGGAUGCGGAUGUGACAGUGGAUAGGGAUGAGAAGGUGGAUAACGAUGGAGAUAACCAGGCUAGUGAAUGGUUGGCCAACACCACGGAAACCACUGCCCAAUCGGACAGACAUUUGUUUAAUAACACAAACAAACGGCUGUCGGAACCGGAGAUUUACGGGACAGCAAUGACUUUCUUUUUCGCCGGCUUUUCCACCACACCGUCGGCGCUGGCAUUCUGUGCCUAUGAGUUGGCCCUAAACCCCGACAUUCAACAGAAACUCUACGACGAGAUAAACGGUGCCAUCGAUUCGGACGGAGAGAUACCGUACGACGCGUUGACGACACGACUACCCUAUUUGGAUGCCGUCGUAACCGAGUCGAUACGACUACACCCGUCGUCCCUGCGGUUACGCCGUAAUGCCGGCGCCGACUACGAACUCGAGGGAACAGGUAUUACGCUAAAGGCCGGUGAGGACAUCGAUAUACCCGUGUUUGCGCUGCACUAUAGCCCAGAUUACUGGCCCAACCCAUAUAAGUUUGACCCUGAUCGUUUUAUGCCUGAUAAUAGGCAUCUGAAUCAUACCUACGCGUACCUACCGUUUGGCACCGGGCCCCGCGGUUGCGUAGGCGUGAGGUUCGCAAUGCUGGCGGUCAAGUUGUGUUUGUCGUACGCGGUCGCGAAGUACCGGUUCGUGCGGUGCGCCGACACUCAAGUGCCCGUCCGUUACGAACAUGUGUUGCGGUUUCCGUCGGCGCGUAGCUGUUGCGUUGCCAUUGAAAAUAGGCUUUAUUAA